GCACGGAACGACGGACGUCGCCGAGUAUUGCCGAAGGCACGAAUUGCGUUUUCCGAUCCGGAAAGCGGUUCUCGCGGAGUUGCCGGAGUUGCGUUGCGCAGGUUGGCAGAGUGAUUUGUCCGCGUUCAGCGCUCGGCCGUGUCGAUCCGUCGGAAGGUGCCUGGCAUUCGUGAUUCGUGAUUCAUUCGAUUGCAUUCGAUCGCGGCCCGACUCUCCACGCGAUACCCCAACUGCGCACAAUUCGCUGCAAUUCGCGUAAUCGUCUUCGGACUGGCAGGCGGAGUGACGAGGCGCCCGUGGAAGCAUGAAGGAGCUCCUGAUCGCGCUCGGCGCGAUUCUGGCUGUAACUGCAGCUACUCCAGCUGUGGUCAUAGUCGCUGAACCAAAAGAUGGUCUGCUAGGUAGAGAUGAAUGUACAUGGGGCCCAAGUUAUUGGUGCGAGAACCUAAAGACAGCCAAGGGAUGCAGCGCUGUCAGUCAUUGUAUUCAUCGAUACUGGGAACAGAUGGAAGUUCCAGAGGAUAAUGACGAUGUAUGCGGAAUUUGUAAAGAUAUGGUGAAGCAGGCGCGGGAUCAAUUGGAAAGUAAUCAGACUCAGCAAGAUCUGAAGGACGUCUUUGAGGGAAGCUGCAAGCUAAUUCACAUUAAUCCAAUUGUUGAAGAAUGUAUUAAACUCGUGGAUCAAUUUAUCCCUGAACUUGUGGAGACGUUGGCGUCUCAAAUGAAUCCUGCUGUCGUUUGCUCUGUCGCAGGACUCUGUAACAAUGCUCAUAUUGAUAAGUUGCUUGAAGAAUAUCAAGCUCCAUUAAAGAAGGACGAAAAGAAAUCAAUUUUAUUAAAGAAUGAUGAACUCGAGCCUGACGAGUGCACCAAAUGCUACACGAUAGCAAAGUACAUGGAAAAUAAAUUGCAUCGUACACAACCGAACACGAUGCUUCUGCAAUUUUUGAACAUUUGCGGACAACUUGGUUCCUUCUCGGAUUCCUGCUCGGCUAUUGUUAUGAAUCAUUUUGAUACCAUUUAUGACCAUCUACAAAAUAAUUUCAAUGCGGAUAACAUAUGCCACUUGUCGGGGCAGUGCAGUGACAAAUAUCACAAACACGAAAAUGAUACAGUUCCACAAGUAGAGAUAACACCACUGUCAAGUGUAGGCAUGGUAGAAGUCGGAGAUGAUCUUCCGUGUAAGUUGUGUGAGCAACUUGUGGGUCAUUUGAAAGAUCUUCUCGUUGCGAACACGACGGAGUUGGAAUUUAAAGAAGUUCUCCUGGGCCUCUGUAAACAAACUAGAUCUUUCGCCGACGAGUGUAAAAGCAUAGUUGACGAGUAUUACGCGCAGAUUUAUGAGUAUCUUACAAAAGGGUUGGACAGUAAUCUUGUCUGUCAAAUUUCCGGAAUUUGUCCUGGCCCUGGCAAAAUGAUACAAGGACCGAUUUGGCCUCUGGUUCCAGUAGAGGUAGCAAAAAUAGGAGUAAGAAUAAUGAAGGAGGAGCAACCUCGAAAAGAAGAGGUUGAAGUCGCUAUUGGCAAAGAACAUCCAAAAUCGGAAGCUGAAGAGAUGCAAUUGCCAAUCGAAAGAAUGAUGCCUUUUUCUUUACUGCAAGCCGAAAGCGUUAAAGGAACUCAAGCGUGUGCAUUAUGCGAAUAUUUGUUGCAUUAUAUCCAAGACACUCUUUCGAAUCCUGUAACUGAGGAGAAGGUGAAAGAAACUCUUGAAAAAUUAUGUAAAAAGGUACCCUCUCCCAUUGAAGGUAAAUGUGAAGAAUUUGUAAAUACUUAUGGGGAUGCAGUUGUGGCCAUACUUGUCCAGCAAAUUGAUCCGUCACAGGUUUGUCCUAUGCUACAUAUUUGCCCAUCAGCAGAAUUAUUAGACAUGUGGCAAAAAGUUCCUAAACAGUUGAUUGUUACACAAGAAAAAGAUAAGCCUGGUUGCCCAUUCUGUUUGCUUGCAGUAACGCAGAUUUAUAAUGUUAUCAAAGACAAUAAAACUGAGGCUAGCAUUGUAGCUGAAUUGGAUAAAUUAUGUAGUCAUUUGCCACGCAGUUUAACCGACCAAUGCAUAGAUUUUGUGGACACGUAUAGCAAAGAACUCGUAGAAAUGUUACUUGCAGAUUUGUCUCCCCAGGAAGUGUGCACCUAUCUUAAAUUAUGCGACGCAACCAAAGAUGUUGGUCCAAAACGAAACAAUAUUGUUGGAAAAGAUGGAGAGAUACUAACCAAUGAGAUACCUGAGUAUCCGUUACACAUGAUUCAGCCCACGAAUAUUGUAGACGACGGUGUGUGUAUAAUCUGCGAAUUCGCGAUGCAAUAUAUCGAUAAAGCGAUUGGUAAUCAAAAAACGCGGGACAAGAUCGAAAAGGCGGUGCACGGUGUGUGCAAUCAUUUACCAAAGACUGUUGCCAAGGAAUGCAAUGACUUUGUGGAUGAGUAUGCUGACGUCGUGAUAAGCAUUCUCUCGCAAGAUGUCAGUCCUAAGGAGGCCUGUACCUUGCUAGGUCUUUGCAACGUGAGCAUGGUACAGAUUCAAGAAUCUAUAACUGAAUGUGCCUUAUGUCGAGCAAUUAUAUCGCAGAUCGAUAAGUUGCUAGGUGAUUCAAAGGUGGAAGCUGAGAUCGAGGAAGUAGUUAAGAAAGUGUGCAAGUACCUACCAGCAAGUAAACAAGAGAUGUGCAACAAGAUGGUAGACAUUUACGGAUGGAGUAUAAUAAAUAUGAUAAAGGCUCAUGUGGAUAGCGAAAAAAUGUGCACCAAAAUGGCUUUGUGCUCUUCCAGUGAUUACUUCGCGAUGUCAUUUAAAAAUCCACGUGUAUCGCGAUCAAUUAAGAGCAAUCUUAAAAAGUAAAAACGAGGAGGUAGCGAGACUUUGCAACGUCACGAAGCAGUGCGAAGAGUGCCGCAAAAAUGGUGAAGUUGCAUGAGUCUUGUCAACUAUGGUUAAUUUCAUGAGCUACAAAUCGGAGACGAACCAAAAAGAAAGAGAGAAAAAAUGGUGCGCUCCUAAUUUGGAAGUAUCAGAUUUUUAAAGAUAUUAGCCAUAUAGCGAAUAGCCUAUUUCAUGUUAUGAUAUUAUAUAUAUCGAUGAUCUUUUUAUUAAAUCUCUAUAAUAAUAUUCGAGCACUCUGAUGAUAUUGAUCUGUGUAAACACGAUGAAUGCCAUGCGAUUUUCGCACUUGAACCAAAUAAUAACGCGUAGUUUACCGUACUUAAGUUAUACUGACAUCAGGAAAUUCGUAAAUUUUAAUAGCACCAUAACGAUCCGUUUUUUCCAGUUAAAAUAAAAUAAGUUGCUAUUUUAUAUGAUCAAUAUGAUUUAUUAAAAAGACAUAAAUCCCGUC